AUGGGCAGCACCCACCCUUGCCCCUGGCCGCGGCUCCGACCUCGGCCCCAGCCGCGGCCCGCGCUCUGCGCGCUCCUCUUCUUCCUACUGCUGCUGGCUACCGCCGUGCCCAGGUCUGCACCCAACGACAUUCUGGGCCUCCGCCUCCCCCCGGAGCCCGUGCUCAAUGCCAACACGGUGUGCCUGACAUUGCCGGGCCUGAGCAGGAGGCAGAUGGAAGUGUGUGUGCGUCACCCCGAUGUGGCCGCCUCGGCCAUCCAGGGCAUCCAGAUCGCCAUCCACGAGUGCCAGCACCAGUUCCGGGACCAGCGCUGGAAUUGCUCCAGUCUGGAGACUCGCAACAAGAUCCCCUACGAGAGCCCCAUCUUCAGCCGAGGCUUUCGAGAGAGCGCCUUCGCCUACGCCAUCGCCGCAGCCGGGGUCGUACACGCCGUGUCCAAUGCCUGUGCCCUGGGUAAACUGAGGGCGUGCGGCUGCGACGCCUCCCGGCGCGGGGACGAGGAGGCCUUCCGCCGGAAGCUGCACCGCCUGCAGCUGGACGCGCUCCAGCGUGGUAAGGGCCUGAGCCACGGGGUCCCGGAACACCCGGCCCUGCCCCCUGCCAGCCCGGGCCUGCAGGACUCCUGGGAGUGGGGCGGCUGUAGCCCCGACGUGGGCUUCGGGGAGCGCUUCUCUAAGGACUUUCUGGACUCCAGGGAGCCUCACAGAGACAUCCACGCGCGCAUGAGGCUCCACAACAACCGAGUUGGGAGGCAGGCGGUGAUGGAGAACAUGCGGCGGAAGUGCAAGUGCCACGGCACGUCGGGCAGCUGCCAGCUCAAGACGUGCUGGCAGGUGACGCCGGAGUUCCGCGCCGUGGGGGCGCUGCUGCGCAGCCGCUUCCACCGCGCCAUGCUCAUCCGGCCGCACAACCGCAACGGCGGCCAGCUGGAGCCAGGCCCCGCGGGGGCCCCCUCGCCCGCCCCGGGCGUCCCGGGGCCGCGGCGCCGCGCCAGCCCCGCCGACCUCGUCUACUUCGAGAAGUCCCCCGACUUCUGCGAGCGCGAGCCGCGCCUGGACUCGGCGGGCACCGUGGGCCGCCUGUGCAACAAGAGCAGCGCGGGCCCCGACGGCUGCGGCAGCAUGUGCUGCGGCCGCGGCCACAACAUCCUGCGCCAGACGCGCAGCGAGCGCUGCCACUGCCGCUUCCACUGGUGCUGCUUCGUCGUCUGCGAGGAGUGCCGCAUCACCGAGUGGGUCAGCGUCUGCAAGUGAGCGGAGGUCUCCCCAGCCGGAGCCCGGCCCUCUGCCGCUUGCCAGCUUGGCGCUCCGGGACAGCGUCGUCGUCCAGACUCCUGGGAGAGGAGUUUGGACCCUCUGAUCGGAGAGGGACUUCCCGGCUCGGAGGGUCAGAUCGGCAAUCAGGGGGCAGUCCACUCUGCCUGGACGCCACCCCUCACUUCUGUGGGCGCUCGUUGCCCCAGGCUCAGUCAUCUCAGUUGGGCUGGGAAUUGACCCACACCCAGGGC